AUGUCAGCAUCACUUGACAAUAGUGCAUUGUCAUCACACAACAAGGAGGAGGAGCAGGAGAAUCAUGCAAGUCCUGAUACGACUUCCACUACAGGAUCAUCCGUAUUUGACACUACUAACAACGCAUUAAGGCAAAAGAAGAAGAGAUCAGCUACACAGGAUUCUACGUCAUCGCAGAUGAGUUCCAUUUCAACCGAAUCAGAACUGUCUACUGCAUCAACAACCCUGUCUGUUGGAGGAAGAGGUAGUGGUCGCAAACGCAAACAAAAGAAAGGGCCAUACUUGAAUGUGGCACCAAUAAACACUCCAUUGAAACAUCGACUUGAGACACUUGCAGUUGUUUGGCUUUGCAUUAGUAUUCCUGCUUUUAUAACUAUUUUCUUAAUUUGCAUUUCAUUAGGCUGGAUUGUUUGGCUUACUGUUAUUUUACCAUAUUUCAUUUGGUGGUAUGGAUUUGAUUUGCAUACGCCAACAAAUGGUAAAGUUGCGUAUCGUGUUCGCAAUUCAAUGAAAAAUUUUAUCAAUUGGGAAUGGUUUGUCAACUAUUUUCCCAUUAGAGCUCACAAGACUGUUGAUUUGGAGCCCACAUUUACUAAAGUCCUUGUUGAACAGAACGGAGCUAGCACUGAAAAUGAUGAUGAAUUGGAUUUGGUUUCUGAAGAUUCAACCACUGUCUUGGACAACGUGUUUAAAUUCAUUGGGUUGAAAAAGAGAUUGAAUCGAAGCGAUGAUAAUGUUCUGAUCAAAUCUAGCAGUUCCAGCUCUCGCAGAUCAUCAUCGCCACCAACAGCUGUUUAUAAACGGGUCCUGACUGGACCUAGAUACAUUUUUGGCUACCAUCCUCACGGUGUUAUAUCAAUGGGUGCAAUUGGACUUUUUGGAACAAAUGCAUUACGAAAUGAACCUUAUGAGCCUUUGCAUAAAUGGUUGAAACCAUUCUUUCACGAUCCAUCUAAAUUUGAGCCAUUGUUUCCUGGAAUUGGACAAAUUUUCGCUCUUACAUUAACGACUCAAUUUACAAUUCCAUUUUAUCGUGAUUACUUGAUGAGUUUGGGGUUAUCUAGUGCGUCAGCAAAGAAUAUCAAGAGUUUGAUCAACAAUGGUGACAAUUCAGUUUGCUUAGUUAUUGGAGGAGCCAAGGAGUCAUUGUUGAACACAACUGUAGCCAAGAAUGCUCGAGUUGGUUAUGGCUAUAAAGGGGGAGAAGAAGAAGAAGAAGCAGAUGAAAAUGAAAAUAAGGAUCGCGCGAAGGAAAAGAGCAAUGAAAACAUUAACCAAGGGGACUCCAAAGACGUUACUACGCCAAAAGAUGCGGCAGAAAUGCAAAAUGCCCCACCUAAGAAACAAAUCAAACUAGUCUUGAACAACCGUAAAGGGUUUGUCAAAUUGGCGCUUGAGUUGGGGAACAUCAACUUGGUGCCCACAUUUGCAUUUGGUGAAGCUGACGUGUAUGACAUUUCAAUCCCCGAACCAGGCUCAUUGGGUUACAAGUUCCAACAAUGGAUAAAGAGGACAUUUGCAUUCACUAUACCAUUCUUCAGUGCUCGUGGUGUUUUCAUUUAUGAUUUUGGGUUAUUGCCUUAUCGAAACCCCAUUGAUAUUGUCCUUGGUCGUCCUAUUCAUGUGCCAGCCGGUGCGUUGCAAGAGUUUCGUGCUCAGCAUCCAGAGGAAUUCGAAGAUGAAGUGAAGGAACAACAACAAGAGGGAGAUGCAAAGGGCAAGGAAUCAGACUCAGCUUCUUCAGCUAUGCUGAGAUCGAGCUCAUUUACUGAUUUCUUGAAAUUGUCUACAAAGAAGAGCUCUUCUGUCAAGACAAAAAUACCUCAGAAAUUAUUGGACAAGUAUCAUAAACUAUACGUGGAUGAAUUGAGACGAGUGUAUGAGGAGAACAAAGAUCGGUUCGGGUAUGGUGAUGUCGAGUUGUGUAUAAUUGAUUAG